GAAAGUGUUUCGGUCUGGUUGAGAUGCUGCAGGCAGGAAGCAGAUCAGCUGAAGCUCAUUUUCUGUUUUCUGCUCCGGUGUUUAAAGCUGCGUUCAGAUGAUCCGGCUGUGACGUCACAAACAUGGAGGCUGGUCCUGUUAGCGUGACCAGAGAGGAUCAACCAGGUCAGAUCCGUCACCGUGGAAACUGAUUCAAUAUCUGAUCUGAUCUCUGCAGCAGAACCAGAACCGGACCAGAACCUGAGGACAUGUGGAGGAGCCUGAAGAGCAAGAAGGCAGGGGGCGCCGAUGAGAACCCCGGGGGGACCCGGAACGCCAAGCUGAAGAUUCCUGCAAAGAUCUGGAGCCACCGCAAGAAGAGCCAACAUGGAGGCGACCAGCUGGACGGCGGGCAGGAGGAGCAAGAAGAGGAGCAGCAGGAGGAAGAACGGCUGGAUGACCUCAGCAGGAAGCUGAUCCUCAAGGAGGAAGAGCUCUUCACCCGGGACGACCGCAGCGAGGAAGAGGAGGACCAGCUGCUGAAGGACCUGGAGUCUCUGAGCGUCCGGGUCUGGAUGGCUGUCCAGAGUAGCUUUGACGCCACGGCGCCCCCUGCUGGACGGCCGGACGAUCUGAGGAGCGCCGUGGACGCCAUCCUGCAGCAGGAGACACAGGACAAGCGCUGGACAGAGCGUACCAUGGACAGCGCCCCCGUCUGGCGACCGCUGAGGUGGCUAAAGACGCACAACCUGCUGCUGCAGAAAAUGGUGGAAAAAAGACUGAAGGACGCAGGAGAGGAUGAGACAGGAGACAUUGGACAGCUGUCCUCUGUCACCAAGAGACAGGUGUGCCGCCUGGGGAAGUGUGUGAAGGAGGACCUGCUGGCGGCGGCGGCGGUGAGGGACUGCUACCCGUCCUGGAUGGACAUCCUGAACGUCUACGGCGGACUCUACCACCAGGCCUUCGCCGCCCGCCUGGCCCAGCUCUCCUCCUCCGAGCUGGACCUGGACGACUGCAGCUACCUGCUGUUCUGGGUCAACCACUACUAUCCUGAUGAAAUCAUGAAACUCAAAGAGCUGGACGGGAUCAAGACGGCAUGUCUGGGUUCUCUGCUGCUGCCGGACAAUCUGAGGCGACUGGAGGAACAGUACAUGAGCCACAGACAGGAAAAGGUGAAGCUGUGGCUCAGCAUUGCUCUAAAGAAGGAGGAGGAGAGCUGGCUGAGUGGAAAAAUGCCCGAACUGAUCGACUGUUACUACUUCAGCCCGGCCGUUUCUGAUGAAGCUUCCUGUCUGCAGGUGGUAAACAGUUCCCUAACUGAGUUCAGUUGUGCCAUCAAAGACCAGAACAAGGCGCAGAGGCUUACGAUUCACCUGGAGAACUUUUCUCACUACAGGAAGAGCGUUGAGGACCUGGUGAAGGCGAACCCCAGCAACCUGCAUCCAGUGCUAAAAGCUACGCUGGUCUGUGAGCAGCAGCUCAGAGAUUACAUAUCUGGUCAAGCUGAAGGUUUAGCUGAAGAUCAGAAGCGCCGCUGUCUGGAAACGCUCUCUGCUCUCAGGGAUUGUUGCUACCAGUGUUUGACCUUCCCUCUUCAUGGCAAGAUCAAGGCCUUCUUAAGUCCACUGUGGACGUCCGCCUGGGUGGACGGCUCGCUUCCUGUCGUCGACCAGCUGCUGAGCUUUCUGAAACAACAGCUGGCCGACCUGUCGGACCUGAAACCAGCCUGCAAACAGCCUCUGGUCUGCGACCUCCACCAAGACCUGGUCGCUCAGUACGUGAAGAAGACGAUGAAGACCAAGGCGAAGAGCAGACAGCAGCAGGUGGGCGGGUCCGAACGGAUGGUGGAAGACGCCAAGAAGAUGGACGACUUCUUCAGAGAGGAGGGCUGCAGUUCGUGGCUCUCUGAAAUGCUCUGCAGCGUCGCUGAGAUUCUCCGUCUGCAGGAUCCAUCCAGCGUUCACCUGGAGGUCGUGGAUCUGGCCCGAAGGUUCCCGGACUUCAGCGGCGCUCACGUCUCGGCGUUGCUGUCGCUGAAGUUCGGCCUUUCGGCGGCGGACGUCCGGUCCAUCAGAGCCAGCGUGGAGGAGAACCGCCCCCAGGACGCCUCAGCCAAUCAGAACCCUCUGUUCUUCUCCAGGGUUAAAGUCAAAUGGAUCAAUAACAAGAUCAACCAGAUGGCGAUCAAGAGUUAAAACAGUGUGGCUCAAUGCUAAUGUUAGCAUGUUACCAUAGCUUGUCGUUUCAGAUCAUCUGCAUGGCGUCUACAGUAAACAUUAGCUUAGUGAUGCUAACAUGUUAGCCAGUUGUUUAGAAGUUUAAAAAGGUAGACUUGCUGCAUUAGAAAGCCAUCUGGUGUUCAUCAGGGCUCAGCUCUCGGUACCUUUCAGUUCUCCUUUUAUUACUAUUUAAGUGUUGGAAAAUGUGUCGUAUUGAAGCUAACUCUGCAACCAGACUCACUUUAAAUCCAUCCAGCUUCCUGCUGCUUAACAAAACCCUAAAGUAUUGAAUGUUUUAAGGUUGUGCAGAAUGUUUUUAAUAUGCAUAGAAACUGAGACAUGUAGCUGUUACUGUAGUCAUUUGAAUAAAUGUAUUUAUUCAGCAGAA